AUGCGGUAUGCAUGUGUGAUUAUUUGUUUGUUUGUUUGUGUGAGUGCUAAGCGAUUUGAGACAAGAUGCAAGCUAGCGCGGGAAUUAAUCAAAGUUGGAAUGCCCACUGAUGUAUUUUUUGGACAUUGGGUAUGUCUGAUUGAGAAGGUCAGUAACCGAGAUACUAAAGCCUUUGUCGUUACACCGAGCGGCAAGAAAUUAUAUGGAUUAUAUCAGAUUCCCAGUCGAUGGUGUCGUGAAGGGAAGAAAGGUGGCGAGUGCAAUGUUGCUUGCGAAUCUUUGCUAGACGAUGACAUUAGGGAUGACACAGCGUGCGCAGUGAACAUCUUCCAUCGCGAAGGCUUCAAGUACUGGACCCAGUGGUCAGCUCGAUGCAAGAAUGAUAACUUUAUAACAAAGGAAAUAUAUAAGUGUCCAGAUCUAAUAUCCCCCCGGACAAGUCCCGAGCGAAUGUUGCACAGCGACUCAUUGAAAGUCAGGAGGCGGUACGCUAGAAGUUCUUUACAAUCACGAUAUAGCUAUUUUGGAUUACAAUGGUUACAGUAA